AUGGACCAGAUUCGUUGUCCACAACAAAAUGACUCGACCACUUCGCCAAAUCCGAAUUGGCCUGUAUUUGGAGCUAAUGCAUUGCAGAGCUCUUCCGAUGCUGAACCUGACUGCUAUGAGCUCGAGAUGGUUAACGACAACGUAGCCAACCACAUCGUGGUCGCAGAGCGACCUAAGGAUGCUUCCUUUGGUUUAUCGUCGAAUCCUUCAUCUCCUCCGAAUCCUCGUGCUAGAACAACUAUCCUCACUGGACGCAUCAAACACGAGUGUUCUCUUCGCCCUCCAUUUGGUCCACGAUACCGCAAGCAGAUGCGAGAACGUCACCAAAAGUACAACACACCUCUUAGGCAAAUCAAGAUGAUUGAGAAUGCUGGGGUUGCAGGCGGUAGAGGUGGAAUCAACAGGCUUAGUAGUGGAGUUGGCGUGGGUGCCGGUGGUGUGUUCAGGGACCUUGUUGCAACAAACAAGAAACCGGCAAAAGGCGCCUUCGAGCACAUGGCUCGCAUGCCGAGGAAUCAACUUCUCGAUGCUCUCUUUGCCUUGUUCCGAGAUACUCCUCGGCGGGGUGUCAAACCUUUGCGAGAGAAGACACGACCACUCGAGGCUUACCCGAAAGAGGUCCCAUCAGAAACUGCGUAUCUCCAUCGGAGCGGAGAACACAACGGUUUAUGGGAGGUCAAGGACACAUUCAAGAAGGAAGGCGCAGGUCCACCGCUCAACCACGAAACGAAACCCGCCAAGACGGAAGACGCUAACGGCCCCGAGGAUGACGAAGAGGACGAAGACACGGAGGAGGCUUCAUAUAGGACAAUAUUCUGCUCUGUAUCUGUCAGGUACCCCGUUGUACGUUUAUAA